AUGCGACGCUGUCUAAACUCCAUUGGACCAAUAACUAUUUCACUUCUUGCGCUUGAUCCCUGGCACAGUUCGAUACAGAAGGACUAUCUACUUGGCCUUGAGACGGUUUGGGAUUCCUCAAAACUGACCCAAGCGAACGUCACAGUUGCCUACUCUGUGGAUGACUUCACCUUCUACGGAUCAAUUUCGAAUUGGGCAAAAGUAUACAGUGCUGGG